UAUUUUAGUCAAUAGUAGGGUCAUUUUGGAGUAUGCCAAGUGCAACAUCGACGUACUAUAUAUAUAUAUUCCCUUAAAGAACGUGCUUCUUUCGCGUUCUUUGAUUUAAGGUUACUUAAAGGAAAUAUUUCUUCUUUUACUAUUUUUAGUAUCUUUUAGGAACUGAGGAGGAAGGCUUCCAAUCAGUAGGAUCGUAAACAAACAUUCCUAUAUAGUUAUAGUAGAGGUAAUAGGAAAACCUUUGCAAGCCUUCCAGUUAUGUCCUCUGGAAUUUACUAUAAAGGACUUCAAUGUUGGAUUCCUGAUAAUGAACGGCAAUGGUUAUCUGGAACAGUCAAAAGCUGUAAAAGUGAAUCAAAUAAAGCAACAUUGAUCGUUGAAGAUGAAGAUGGCAAUGAAGUAACGUUUCAUGCAAAACCAGAGGAUUUGGAGGAGGAAGGCAAAAAUGGCCUGCCUUUCUUGCGGUCCAAUCUUUCUGACCCAGAUGAUUUGACGAAUUUGGCUUACUUAAAUGAACCUUCUGUUCUUGAUGCAUUGUUGACCAGAUAUAAUCAAUUACAAAUUUAUACAUACUCCGGAAUUGUUUUGAUUGCUUUAAAUCCCUUUCAGUCUUUACCGAAGCUUUACACUCCUGAGGUUGUACGUGUUUACUCUGAAAAAUCUCGAGACCAGCUCGAUCCGCAUUUGUAUGCUAUAGCUGAAGACAGUUUCAAGUGCAUGAAUCGAGAAAAAAAGAAUCAAACGAUUAUUAUUUCCGGUGAAUCUGGUGCUGGCAAAACGGUUUCAGCUCGUUACAUAAUGCGUUAUUUUGCCUCUGUGCAAACAUUGAGUGAUCCUAGUAGCAAUGGUGCUCUAAAUUCAGAUUCGGUACAAUUGACGGCGGUAGAAAAUGAGAUUCUUGCUACCAAUCCCAUUAUGGAAGCCUUUGGUAAUUCUAAAACUUCUCGAAAUGAUAACUCUUCCCGAUUUGGAAAAUACAUUCAAAUCAUGUUUGACAAAAAUUCUAUUAUCAUCGGCGCUAAAAUUCAAACUUAUCUUUUAGAAAGGUCCCGUUUAGUAUUCCAACCAAAGUCAGAGCGAAAUUAUCACAUAUUUUAUCAGCUACUGGCAGGCGCUUCCCCUCAACAGUUAGAAGAAUGGCGUCUUUCAGCCAAUGUCGAUGACUAUCAUUAUCUACGUCAAGGUGAAUCGCAUACAAUCGAUGGUGUCGAUGAUGCUAAGGAGUUUCAAGAAACAGUUAACGCACUCAAAACAGUAGCCAUUGGUGAUGAUACCUGUAAAAGUAUUUUCAACCUGUUAGCGGCGCUGUUACAUGUUGGUAACAUAGAGAUCAAGGGUUCUAGAAACGAUUCUUAUAUUGAUUCAAAAAGUGAGCAUUUAUUGAAUGCUUCGAAGUUGUUGGGUGUUGACCCAAGCUUGCUUAUAAAAUGGUUGACUAAACGAAAAAUUAAGAUGGCUUCUGAGGGUAUCAUAAAGCCUUUAACUGAUUACCAAGGUUUUGUAGUUCGCGACUCGGUCUCCAAAUUCCUAUAUGCGUCCUUGUUCGAUUGGCUUGUCGCUACGAUUAAUACUGCUCUAAUGGACUCUGCUGAAAAACAAAACCAAACUUCUGAAAGUUUUAUCGGCGUAUUAGAUAUUUAUGGAUUUGAGCAUUUCGAAAAAAAUUCCUUUGAACAAUUUUGCAUCAAUUAUGCCAAUGAAAAACUUCAACAAGAAUUUUACAAACAUGUUUUCAAACUUGAACAGGACGAGUAUGCUAAUGAAGGUCUUAACUGGUCUUAUAUUGAUUACCAAGACAACCAACAAUGCAUAAGUAUGAUUGAAAAUAGAAUGGGAAUACUCUCGCUUCUAGACGAAGAGUGCCGAAUGCCUACAAAUAGUGACGAAAAUUGGGUCACAAAAUUAAACGAUGCUUUUGAUAAACCAGAGUUUAAGAACAGUUAUAAAAAGGCUAGGUUUGGAAAUGAUUCUUUCACCGUUAAGCAUUAUGCUCUCGACGUUACUUAUAAUGCUGAAGGAUUUAUUGAGAAAAAUAAGGAUACCAUAUCAGACGAACUGAUCGAUCUUUUCAGCGAGUCUUCAGUCCCUUUUAUUAAAGAUCUGGUGCAUUUCCGUUUGAAGCAAACUGCUUCGCAGGACUCUAGUGCAUCGAAUAAUAAGAGAUCAAAAGCAAAGCCAAAGAGCAACACUUUGGGUUCAAUGUUUAAAAAUUCCCUCAUUAGUCUUAUGGGUACUAUAAACGAGACUAACGCUCAUUACAUUCGAUGCAUAAAGCCUAAUGAACAAAAAGAAGCUUGGAAAUUUGAUAAUGUAAUGGUAACAUCUCAAUUGAGAGCCUGUGGUGUCUUAGAAACCAUAAAGAUAUCGUGCGCUGGUUUUCCUUCACGGUGGACUUUCGGCGACUUUGUCUCCCAAUAUUAUAUGCUUGUUCCUUCGUCUGAUCGGUCUAGUGAUCCUUUGGCUUUUUCAACUGCCAUUUUGGAUAAAUCUAUUGACUCUACGAAAUAUCAAGUUGGUAAAUCUAAAAUUUUUUUCCGUUCUGGUGUUACCCCACAACUGGAGGCUGCAAAAGAACGGGCGUUGAAACAUGCUGCUCAACUUCUUUACGAUGCAUUUGCUACAAACUAUUACCGUACACGAUUCCUUAAUUUGCGCAAACGUGUUUCCUAUUUCCAAGCAAUGGCUCACGGUUUUCUGCGUCGUCGUACUACUCAAGCUGAAUUAAUUUCAAAGAGUAUUUCAGUCAUUUCACUAUUCUGGAAAACACACAUUGAGAGAAAAAAGUUUUUAGAGGCUAAAGCGUCUAUUCUUUUACUUCAACGCACCGUUCGUGGUUUCUUGUUUCGUCGGAAUCAACUUGUUGAUAAAAUGGAACAGGCCGUUGCUACCAUAAAAAGUAUUUGGAAAACUUAUCGUGAACGACAAUUUUUUACGAAGCUGAAACAUUUUACCAUUCGAAUACAAUCAUUGAUUCGUAUGAAAUAUGCCAAACGACAGCUUGUUGAACUUCGUAUAGAAUCCAAAAAAGCUAGUCACUUCAAGCAGGUGUCUUACAAGUUAGAAAGUAAAUUAUUCGAUGUGACAAAGAAACUAGAUAAUUCUGAACAAGAAAAUGCGAAACUUAAAGAUAGAAUAUUUAAACUGGAGUCACAUUUGUCGAAUUAUGCCGAAGCUACUUUGUCAAAGGAGCGUGAAUUAGAACAGACACAUGUACUGCUUUCAGAUCACUCUCAAGAUCAAGAAUUUAAGUCCGCCAUAUCUGAAAAAGAAAAGGAGCUGUCUGAUUUGAAAAAUUCCUUUAAUCAAUUCAAGGACGAUAAUCAGGAAUUGAUUCGUAUGAAUACUACUUUAAAAUCACAAUUGGGCAAAGAUGCAGAAGUUAUAUCUGCUCAGGCUACUGAGAUUAAGGAAAAAAAUAAAAUAAUAGCGAAACUAACGAAGGCCUCUCAAGUCCUUAAUUCUAGUUUUGGCUCUGAACAAACUCGUACAUCAGAAGAAAAGUCCAAACGGGAUAGCUCACUAAUGGAAAUGCGCACUCAAAAGGAGUUGCUGAUUUUACUAAUGAAUGAUGGACUAAAACAUGAUUUGGAUAAAUUAACAGAGUUUGCCGGAAAGACGUACGUUUGGGAGAAAACUGUUGAAUUGCUUAAUAGUUCCGAAGAAAAUGAAAGUAAACCGCAUUUGUUUCUGGCUAAGGCAUUGUUUAUCAUUAUUUCCCAAAUGUGGAAAACCAAUCUAUCUCAAGAAAGUAUUGCUUUAAUUGAACGUUAUUGUGUCCAUAUAUUGGAGUAUAUCUCUCAGAGAACACAAAUCAGGAGAGAAGUGCGCGCUGAUAUGGGUUUUUGGAUUGCCAAUACGCAUACUUUGCUCUAUCUAGUUCGCACCAAGUUGUAUGGACUUAAGCGUUCGUCUUCGUUGACGCUAUCCUUUAGUGAAUCCUAUGAUGCGAUCCAAACAAUAUUCGACAUGUUGGAUUCACACCUAUCAAGAAUCGUUUCUACAUGGAUUGAUCAAAUCAAUACUGCUUUGAGGCCUUUGAUUGUUGAUGGAAUAAUUGUGAGUGGUAAUCAAAUCGACAAAGGAGAAAAGAGGCUUAUUCCAAGGGUUUUUGAUAAAGAUGUGAAGUCAAUAGAACAUAUACUGCAUAUUCUGAAUGAGGUUCACGAUUCGUGUCAAACUUAUCGGGUGAGUUUAGCGAUAUUUGCAUCUGUGGUCUCCAGUCUGUACCGAUUUAUAGAUGUCGAAGCGUUUAAUGCUCUGAUGACUAAGGAAAAAGGUAGCUGGAAGCGUGGUGUAAACAUGUCGUAUAACUUUUCUCGUUUAAGAGAGUGGUGUACACAACGAGGAGUUGUAGAAGCUACACUUCAAUUAGAAGAAAUCAGCCAGGCUUCUAAAUUUUUGCAGACCUGUAUGAAUAAACAGAAGAUUCUGGAUAAUGUUUCCUUGCUAUGGAUUUUGAAUAUGCAACAAUUGAGAAAACUGCUGGACAAGUAUGUUGCUGAGACUUAUGAAUCGAAAGUACCCAAAAAAGUUAUGGAUGAAUUAUCUAAUAUGGCUCGAGCAGAAGGACUUGAUCGGCCUGAGACGAUUUCGUACGAUAAAGUGAUAUACGAGCUGAACGACACAUUUGAAGAAGAGCCUUCUCUUGAGCAAGUUACCAUUCCCGUUGAAUGUAAUGUUACGUAUAUCCAACGAAUUAUUGAUCUUGCUAGUGCCGAGGAGAGUUUUGACCAAGCAUUAUUAACUUUACAUGAUAAUUCGGUUGAAACGAAUCGGUUCGAAAAUCAAGAGAAUGAAUUACGUGAUAUUGGUAAUGGUAUAAAGGCACUCUAAAAACUGAAUAUACGUAACUAUAUAUAAUGUAUCCUUUCGAGGACGUUGAUGAAGAAAAGGAACUAUGAUAGACUCGGGUUAUCCUUCAUUUUAAUUUUAAGCACAUCCUUAAUAAUGACCUACUUUUAUU